GAGCUCCCCUGGUUUGGGUGAAAAUGGCCGGUGUGUCCUUAUUUUCUUGUUCUUGUUGGCGUGGGCGAGAGGCGUGCUUUGUGCUGUUGAAGCUGCUCGCGGGCUGCGACUGGGAGUAAAGGGGCCGCUGGGUGAGCCCCACCGAGGGCCGGGGGCCAGGCAGUGAGGCCGGGACUCGGGCCGGUAGACAGCCCUCCCGACACCUGUGUCUCUCUGAGCAGAUGUGCACCCCCAGCAACACGCCGGCCACGCCGCCCAACUUCCCCGACGCCCUGGCCAUGUUCUCCAAGCUGCGCACGUCCGAGGGCCUGCAGAACAACAACAGCCCCAUGACAGCCGUGGCCUGCUCGCCCCCUGCAAACUUCAGCCCCUUCUGGGCCUCGUCCCCACCCAGCCACCAGGCCAGCUGGAUGCCGCCCUCCUCCCCAACGGCCCACAGCUUCCACCACCUCCACCACCCACAGCCCACGUGGCCCCCCGGAGCCCAGCAGGGGGGCGCCCCGCAGAAAGCCAUGGCUGCCAUGGACGGCCAGAGAUGAGACUGGACACGCCACGCGCUGGGCUGGAGCUGGGCAGUCUGGGUCGUGGGGACACAGGAGGGCCGGGUCGGGGGCUGGGGCGGGCGGGGGUUUCCUGAAGAUCGCACUGGAAGAUUUUAUAAAGGAAUUUGGGGGGGUGGGGGGAAUAGCAAACUUCCUGAGCCACUUGGGUCCUUCAGGAGUUUCUCUUCAGGCAAGUUUUUUCUGUUUUUAAUAUAUAACUGUAAUAUAUAAAUAUAUAAAUAUGACUAACUAA